AACAACAACAACAACAACAACACCUACAACAACAUCAACAAGAAAAUGAGCGGUAAAAAUAGCAGAGUUGAGAGAAAUACCAGCACAACAAAAGGAUCCAUGGAGAGAGUUGGAGACUGGUACUGCAUAUCAUGUGGCAGUAGAGUUCACAACUUUGCCUGGCGCUCAGCCUGCAUCAACUGUGGCUCUCUCCGUGACAGCUCCCUCAUGUUAGACGCUCCCAUGCGCCCUGCCUGGAGAUCUGGUGACUGGAUUUGCAACAAGCCUGGUUGCAAUGAGCACAACUAUGCUCGCAGGACAGAGUGCAUUAGAUGCAAUACUCCCCGGGAGUAAAUAAUGUGCUGUACGUGAGUUCUGCUAAUUAGUUACUAUACUAAGAUAUAUAAUAUAAUGUGAGUUGAGAUGGAUGAGAAGCUUGUUUUGAUAUUGAAUGUAUGAUGUUAAUGGCCCUUUUUAUAAUAUAAAUUUACAUAUAUA